AAACCGCCCACCAAAUCUUACUUCGUCGUGUCGAAGCCAAACAUCUGUCUCCCAAAUUUUCUUCUCAUGGUUUCCAAAAACCCGAACCCGGCUGAAGGAUUCUAUUUAGAUCCGAAUCGAAUGGAAUUACCCGGAAUUGGACCUUUUGCAACGACAGCGACAACAGCCGUUGUUCCUUCUACGGUGUCGUCGUCUGAGGAUCCGUCAAAGAAGAUCCGGAAACCCUACACUAUUACCAAGUCUAGAGAGAGCUGGACCGAACCCGAACAUGACAAGUUCCUUGAAGCGCUUCAACUCUUUGACCGGGACUGGAAAAAAAUUGAAGCAUUCAUUGGAUCAAAGACAGUUAUUCAGAUUCGAAGUCAUGCACAGAAGUACUUUCUAAAGGUUCAGAAAAAUGGAACAGCUGAACAUCUACCUCCUCCCAGACCUAAAAGGAAAGCUGCUCAUCCAUAUCCUCAAAAAGCCUCAAAAAAUUCUCCUGUGCAAUCACAAGUCUCGGGUCCCUUGCAAUCAUCUUCUUCUCAACUUGAACCUGGACAUUUUCUGAGUCCUGAUACCUCUUCAAUGCUUAUGAUUCCAAUGGCUAGUGCCGCUGCAUCUUCCUGCACAAACAAUGUACAAACAGUUGGUUUAUCACUUGUGACAAAAGGGCCACCGGUAGCAAAUAACGGAAGUAAUUCAACAGAGAGUACUCCAAAAACACGAGCAGGAGGUGAAAUGACUGAUCAAGGGAAUCUUGGUCAUUUAAGAGUCCUACCUGACUUUGGGCAAGUGUACAGCUUCAUUGGCAGUGUAUUUGAUCCAAAUGUUUCUGGUCAUUUGCAGAAACUUAGAAAGAUGGAUCAAAUAGAUGUUGAAACGGUGCUGUUGUUGAUGCGAAACCUUUCAAUCAAUCUUAGCAGUCCUGAUUUCGAGGAUCAUAGAAGGCUGCUUUCAUCCUAUGAAAUUGACACAGAGAUGGCCAACUAUGGUGCUGCAAAUAAUGUCCUUGUAAAUGAUCAACAAUGCAAGAAUGUUGCUUAGUUUCGGUAGGUUAAUAGAAAUAAAUUAGUUUACUUGUUCAUAUGUAGGGGAGUUGAGCUGAGUAGUGUUAGAGUGAGUUCGGCUCGAUAGCAUUAAAGCAAAGCUCGAGCUUGAGAUAAGAAUAACUGGCUUGAGAUUGGCUUAAAAAAUUACAUUUCAACUUCCUUACUUAUUAUCAAUUAAUUCCUAUGUUUAAAGUCAAAAAGUAAGAUUUUAAGGGUGUAAGUAUAAAAUUUAAAACAAUUAGGGGUAUAUUUUAUUCUAGUUGAGUCAUGAGUUUACAGAGUUUGACCUACAGCAAGCUUCAGCUUGGCUCAAGAGCCAAACUUGAAUUGUUUGAGCUCAGUACGGCUUGACAAUAAUAGAGAUGAUCCCGGUUCAGCCUGUUUACACCCGUAAUCAUUGGUAUGUAUAAUUUCCUUCAUUUUUGUGUAACCAAUCCUUAGUUUAGUCUUCUGUUGGUCAUACCUUCAGCUGCAGUGACAUUAAACUCACCUAGUGUGUCCAGUCAGAUUCAUGUACUUAUUAGAAGAAAGUAUAUGUUAAAAGAAAAAAAAAAGACAUGAAAAAAAUCGUAAUGAAGGGAGUGUAUAGUUCUAGUUCUUCUAUGAAGGUUGUCCUGUACAUUGAUGUAUUAUUGUGUAUGAAAUUUACAGUUUUGAGGCAUUA